UCUUUUCUCCGUCUUCUUCACCGCAGCAGCGGCUAGUUUGAGGCCUUCAGCGACAUAGCCAGACAAGUACAUAUCAAACAGCUGCGUUGUAUUUCAAAUCCAGCCGCCCCACCUUCCAGCCUCAGCGACACCCUGUGGCUUUAGCUGUUUCUACACCGGGAUAGUGGGGUUAAAGGGUUUUUGACAAUUGAAGGGGGUAUCGAAAGAUUUCAUUGCGAAAGCCAUUGGUAGAAAAUAUUGAAACUUUGAAGAACAAGUCUACUAUGAAGAAGAAGAGAAGUAGGGAGAAGGGUAAAUGCCAAUGGAAAUUCUUAAGACGUGUGGCCAAUUUGGUUGAAACCAAAGAAGAAAAGAAAAGGGAUAAAUCAAGCAAGAAGAAAAGAAAAAGUAAGGAGAAAAAUAAUGCCAUCAUUGGAAUUGUUGAUCAGCUCGGUGAUGAGGAAGAAGACCAUUUCCAGAAACAAAAUGGCAAAUUUAAGAAGGAUAGAAAAAAGAAAAAGAAGGAACACAGCUCAUCAGGGGAGAAUCAACUGUUGGUGGAAAAGAGUAAAGCAGCUGAUAAAGAUGAAGUAUAUGAAAUACCUUCAGGGGAUGAAGACUGCUCACAAGGAAUGAAAAAAUGGGUUAUCGAGUACCACCAAAGUAGGCCUGGCUUGAAGGUUUUGCAACAAAGAAUUGAUGAGUUUAUAAUUGCCCAUGAGGCAAAACUUGAACAGGAAAGAAAAGAAAGAGAAGCUUGUCUUACAGAAGGGGGAUGGACACUUGUUGAACAUCAUAAAGGAAGGAAAAAGACAACAGAAUUUGAAAGUGGAACUACAGUGGGUUCUGUUUCCCAGGCUGCUGUGGAGGGGAAAUUAGCUAAGAAGAAGAGCAAAGAGGUCUUUGAUUUCUAUCGGUUUCAAAAAAGAGAAGCCAAGAGGAAUGAACUUAUGAUGCUCCAGAGCAGAUUUGAGCAGGAUAAAAAGCGUAUCCAACAGUUGAGGGCUGCUAGGAAGUUUCGACCUUACUGAGUGCAACCAAACCCUUAUAAAAAACCAGGAGGUGAACCCCUCUCUUAAUUAUUUACUGAUUGCUGCGUUUAAGAAGCUGAAGGCUGACUACAUGUCAUUUGUAACCCAUUUUGUGCAAUUUUUAUGGUUUUAUAGUAUACUGUAAAAAUCAAUUAGGAUUGGAACAAGAAUAUGCACUUCUUCCAUUUAUUCCAGAACUCCCUCUAUUUUACACAAAUCUCAAUUCUUUAGCAACUAUUGUUAUGCUGGUUUGUGUGGGGGGUGAAACUACAGUUCUGUUCAUCAAAGCCUGUGGCUUGACCGGUUAUGGCACUUUGGGAUAUUAUGCACGUUUCCAGUUGAUUAUAGGUGUAGGUGUUGACCA